GCUCCAUCUGGUCAAUCAUACUUCAUCCAAUCGACACCUGAUCCGAACUCAGCACCUCGCUCUACCAGCAUGGCACCCAAGAAGAACGCCGCUGCUCCUGCGCCAUCUCAAAUCCCUGCGUCGACGGCCAAACCCUCUCACGGACAAACUUCUGCCUCGUCUCAACCCACCAAGCCUAUUGCCGCAUCUGCCAAAGCCACCUCCACCAAGUCUACCGUCCGCAACUCGACAGACGCUCAAGAGAUCGCUCUGGCCGUGUGGGACCGCUAUGUUCAGGACACUCCCCAGCGCGUCAAGCUGAUCGACGUCUUCAUGACCUUCCUCAUCUUCGUCGGCGCUCUCCAAUUUCUCUACUGUGUCAUUGGCGGAAACUACCCCUUCAACGCUUUCCUAUCCGGCUUCUCUGCCACUGUCGGCCAAUUCGUCCUGACCGCCAGCUUGAGAAUCCAAACCAAUCCUCAGAACAAGGCAGAUUUCGGCUCCAUAUCACACGAAAGAGCUUUUGCAGAUUACGUCUUUGGUAGUCUGAUUCUGCACUUCUUCUGCGUCAACUUCAUCAACUGAGUGAGGCUACUCAUAAAAGUUUCGUUCGAGUCUUCUGUCUAUCCCCUCCAACACCAUGUAUUCCCAUUCCAGAA